UUUGCUUUUAUUGUUGGCUUUGUGGAAUAUGGUGCGGUCUGACUUAAACCCUAGUUCUCCACUUUGUGUCUGACUUUGAUGAAUGAAGGUAAUCUGCAACUUGUGUGGCAUCUCAAAGCCGAACAAUCUUGUUGUGCAAAUUCCUUCAUUGCGUCGUUUUACAGCAGCCAUUUCCACAGUUCAAAAGGUAGGGAUUUCUGUAAAAGUUGCCAUGGGAGAAGUUGCAGAAGUUGGAGGUAAAGAAGCUGUUUCUGCUCCCAAGCUGCCAGAGCCUGGAAAGAGAAAUGUAUUAAUCACAAGCGCGCUUCCUUAUGUGAACAAUGUACCACAUCUGGGAAACCUGAUAGGAUGUGUUCUAAGUGCAGAUGUCUUUGCCCGAUAUUGUCGUAGGAGGAACUAUAAUGUGAUAUAUAUCUGUGGGACUGAUGAAUAUGGCACAGCCACAGAAACCAAGGCAAUGGAAGAGAACUGCACUCCACAGCAGAUCUGUGAUAAAUAUCAUGCUAUCCACAAGGAAAUAUAUGAAUGGUUUGAUAUAAGUUUUGAUAAAUUUGGCCGCACAUCAACUCCACAGCAAACAGAAAUAUGCCAAGCAAUUUUUAAAAAGGUUCUGGAUCAAAAUUGGCUCUCUGAGAAUACAAUGCAGCAGCUAUAUUGUGAUACAUGCAAUCGCUUUUUAGCAGACAGAUUUGUACAUGGUACUUGCCCUGAUAGUGCAUGCAGAUACGAGGAUGCGCGGGGUGAUCAAUGUGAAAACUGUGGAAAAAUGUUGAACCCUACAGAACUCAUAAAUCCUAGGUGCAAGGUCUGUCGAAACCCUCCUUGCAUUCGUGACACCGAGCACUUAUUCUUGGAACUCCCAAAGCUGCAAGACCGCUUGGAGGAGUAUAUUAGCAAUACAUCUGCAGUUGGUGGUUGGAGUCAAAAUGCUAUUCAGACAACUAAUUCUUGGUUAAGGGAAGGAUUGAAGCAGCGGUGUAUUACACGGGAUCUUAAGUGGGGUGUUCCUGUUCCACUUGAAAAGUUUAAAGAUAAGGUUUUCUACGUAUGGUUUGAUGCUCCAAUUGGGUACAUAUCCAUAACAGCCUGUUAUACAUCAGAUUGGGAACAAUGGUGGAAAAAUCCAGAAAAUGUGGAGCUAGUUCAAUUUAUGGGCAAGGACAAUGUCCCAUUUCAUACGGUUCUAUUUCCUUCAACACUGCUUGGAACAGGAGAGAAGUGGACUUUGAUGAAGACAAUUAGUGUUACUGAAUACUUAAAUUAUGAAGCAGGAAAAUUUUCUAAAACCAAGGGGAUUGGUGUGUUUGGUAAUGAUGCCAAGAGCACCAAUAUCCCUGUUGAGACUUGGCGGUAUUAUUUGCUGACAAAUAGGCCCGAGGUGUCAGACACACUUUUUACAUGGGCAGAUCUUCAAGCAAAACAAAAUAAUGAAUUGCUAAAAAAUUUGGGUAACUUUAUUCAUCGUUCCUUGAGUUUUCUUGCAAAACCUUUGGGUCAAGGUUAUGGGUCUGUUGUCCCAGAUGCUCAAAAUGCUGAGAUGCAUAAGCUAACUGCUGAUCUGGGCGAGAGAGUUGGAAAAUUAGUUGAACAAUAUGUUGAGGCUAUGGAGAAAGUUAAGCUUAAACAGGGUUUGAGAACAGCAAUGAGCAUAUCCACAGAAGGAAAUGGUUACUUACAAGAUAGUCAAUUCUGGAAACUUUACAACGAAGACCCAGAAGCAUGUGCCAUUGUGUUGAAGACUUCAGUUGGCCUUGUACAUCUGUUGGCAACUUUAUUGGAGCCUUUUAUGCCUUCUUUUUCAUACAAGGUGCUAGAACAGCUCAAUCUGUCGCUUGAAACAUUAUCACUCUCUGAUGAAAAGGGAGACCUUGAAAAGGCCAGAAGGCCUUGGGACAUUGUUCCCUCUGGUCACACUAUUGGAAACCCAGAACCACUGUUUUUAGAAAUGAAAGAUGAAGAGGUUGAAUACUACAGAAAAAAGUUUGCGGGCAGUCAAGCUGACAGGAUCCAGCAAGCUAAUGCUGAAGCAGCAAAAAUUGCCGAGCAAAUAAAAAAUACCACAAUUUCAGAAGUGACGAAGAAGGGAGCACAACCUAAAAAAUCAGAAGCAGUGAAAGGAAAAAAUACAACAUCAACAGCGAAAGAUGUCCCAGUUUCAAUAGCAAGGAUUGACAUCCGAGUGGGCCUUAUCACCAAAGCACAGAGACAUCCAGAUGCAGAUUCAUUGUAUGUGGAAGAGAUUGAUGUUGGAGAAUCUUCUCCACGAACCGUUGUCAGUGGCCUUGUUAAAUAUAUUCCACUUGAGGAGAUGCAGAAUCGAAAGGUGUGUGUAUUAUGUAACUUGAAGCCUGCAACAAUGAGAGGGAUAAAAUCACAGGCCAUGGUGUUAGCUGCUUCCAAUGAAGAUCAUACAAUGGUAGAGUUGGUUUGUCCACCUGAGGAUGCGCCUAUUGGGGAAAGAGUGAUAUUUCCAGGAUUUGAUGGAGCACCAGAUGAAGUGUUGAAUCCAAAGAAAAAGGUUUGGGAAUCCGUCCAACCAGAUCUGCAUACAACAAAUGACCUUGUAGCCUGUUACAAGGGGGUUCCCUUUACUACAUCAGCUGGUGUGUGCAAAGUUUCUUCAAUUACUCGCGGAUCCAUCAAAUAGCUGCAUUUAAGAGAAAUCUCAUAGGGAAAGUUUUGGCAGCCAUAACAUGUGAAUGACUCAUUCUUCCUUUCAUCUUAAGUUCUAGUUUAUUUGAAAAAUCUAAUGAGAUGGUAUUUUCACAAAAUAUCAUUGUAACAUUGAAUGAUAUUUUUAAUUUUGUAUGUCUUUGAGUUUUGAGAAAUGAGCUCAACCAUAUUGAGAAAAUAAUUUAUAUUCCAGUGGAGUUCUCAAUCUAUAUUGGUUCAGGUUACAAUUUUUCUA